CGAAAAAUUGAACGCUACAAGUCUGAUAUAAAUUUAGCGAUACAACUGUUGCAAUGCAAACCGGAUAGUUUUAUGUCACAGAAAGUAUCAUCGCUACCCAUCGACAUUCAAUCGAAAGUAUCAGCCUACAUGCGCCUGGAGACAAAUUCACAUUCCGAUUCGGAGGGCAGCACUAGCGGUGUGGGUACCGCCACCACAGCUUCCUACAAAGUACUUCCAGCAUCGGAUUCACCACCGCCAACAGCGUGCCCCUUCCCGCCCACAGCAAUGGUAUACUCAAUGCGGGGGCUUGUUUUCCCUUAGUUGGUGUUUCACUAUUUUACGUGUGGGUUGCCUAAAAAAAUUACAUAAGGAAGCG